ACGAGGAGGAAAUAUUUCAUUGGUUUAGGUAAUUGAGGGGAGCGCAGUGACCUUAUUUUGACUUUUAAAGAAAACGAACAAUGAUUGACAAUUGCGCCAGUUAUGGAAAAAAUUAUGUAUUUAAAUUACUUCUCUACCACGAUGAAGCUAGUUUCGGAGAAGAUGCUAUUGGAUGGAAGUACGAUUAACAAUUUUUGCGUCAUGACUGUUUAUGUCCCUGUUGUUUACAUUAAUCACAAAGCGGAUAAAUGUAGGUUAAAUUAUCUUUAGAUUCAUAGCGCUGGUUAUCGUUUGCAACGCAAGCAACAAAUUUAGAAAACAAAAGCAAAAGGAAAAAAGCAGUCAACGGUGUGUGAGGACGCUACAUAAGUAAAACGAUCGAGGUCAGUGGGUAUGAGUUCAAGUAUAUGUUUUUUAACUGAAAUUUAAACUUCUUACUUCUAUUUACACAGCGACAACCAAAUGAGGCCUAAAAAGCGGCAUUUGGUUUUGUUUCCUCUAUGGAAGCUUAUAAAAGCGACCAUAUUUGCGUUAAGUUAAAUAUGUGAAAGAUGCAAAUGCGCUACUUAGUUUCCUUUGAAAGUUAGUUCAAAUUUUGUGACUACAACUUAUUUUCUAGACAAAAAGUUGAAAAUAGUCUUAUUUGCGCUACAUUAAAUUUGUGAAAGAUGCAAAUGCUCUACUUAGUUUCCUUUGUAGUAAGUUCAAAUUUGUGUCUACAACUUAUUUUCUAGGCCAAAAGUUGAAAAUGGUCGUAUUUUACCAUUGAAAGCCAGAAUUAAUGUUUUUGUUGUCUACAUUAAUCACAAAGCGUUUUUCGUAGGUUAAAUAGCAUUUGGAUCUCAUCCCUCUACGGAAGUUCAUAAAAGCCACAUUUGCGUCAAAUUAAAUAUGUGACAGAUGCAAAUACUCUACUUAGUUUCCUUUCAUAUUUAGUUCAAAUUAUGUGACUACAACUUAUUUUCCUAGACAAAAAGUUGAAAAUAGUUAUAUUUUACAAUUCAAAGCAAGAAUUUAUGUUCCCGUUGGUUACAUUAAUCACAAAGCGUUUUUCGUAGGUUAAAUUGUCUUUAAAUUCUCAGGGCUGGUUAUCGUUUGCAACGCAAGCUGCGAGCUCAUAAAACAAAAGCGAAAGGAAAAAAGCAGUCAACUGUGUGUGAGGACGCCGCAUCAGCAAGACGACCGAGGUCAGUGGGUGUGAGUUCAAAUAUAUAAGCUUUUUUUUACCGAAGUUUAAACUCCCUAUUUCUAUUUUUUCACUAUUGAUACAGCGACAAGAGACCUAAACAAAUAGCAUUUGUUACUAUUAGAGUAGACUACUGUGAUAAUCUAUUGUGUGGUUUGCCAAAAUAUCAGCUAUCUAAGUCGCAGCGUGUUCUAAAUGCUAGUGCUCGCUUAAUUAAUUGCGCCCCAAAUCGUGCCAUAUCACGCCUCUGCUUCGUGAGCUACAUUGGUUACCUGUUUGCUACCGUAUUGAAUAAACUGAUUACUACUUACAUUAAAAGUUUUACACGUCGAUAAGGCACCUGAUUAUUUGCGCCAGUUAAUAUGUCCUGCCUUCGUCUAAGUAGGAUUUAAGGCGCAAUCAUGACUCUGCUAUUUUAUUAGUAUCACCAAAAGUCAGAACUAAGAUCACCUUAGGGGAUUGGUCGUUUAGGUGUUCCCCCUCCAGACUUUGGAACCUUCUUCAUUUACGAUGCAGUCUAUUUCCAGUCUAAACCUGUUUAAAAAUAGACUUAAAACCCUCUUAUUAAAUAAGGCUUUUAAUUAAGAAUUCCAUCUUUAAUUAAUUUCUUAUGUAAAGCGCAGUUGAAUGUUUUCAUAAAAACGGCGCGGUACAAAUUUAAAAUAAUAAUAAUAAUAAUAAUAAUAAUAAUAAUAAUAAUAAUAAUAAUAAUAAUAAUAAUGAUAAUAAUAAUAAUUUGGUUUUGUCCCCUCUAUGAAAGUUCAUAAAUCGACAUUUGUGUCAAAUUAAAUUUGUGAAAGAUGCAAAUGCCCUACUUAGUUUCCUUAGAAAUUUAGUUCACAUCAUAUGACAACAAUCUGUAUAAACUCCAAUACAACAGUCUCGGCAAAGCCAAUCCACCUGAAUUCUCUUUUACAGUAUCCGUGUGAACUCAAAAUCUGUAUGAACUCCAAUAAAACAGACUCAGAAAGGCCAGUCCACCUACAUUCCCUUUUACAGCAUAACGUUGUACUGCGUGAAUAAUUUAACCCAAUUCGUUCUACAAGAAACAUUUGCGUCUCGUAUACGCCAUUGGAGCCACCAUAGUUCACAGGUUACGUAACUUGAAAGAUACUUCUAUCUAUAUUAUAGUUCCUUGGGUUAACAUGUGGCCGGCCCAUGGGAAGAGUGGGCCCACGUGAGACUAUCCAGUUGGGCGAGUGGUGCUGGAGCAGUCUCUAGCGACUCUCUUUCUGUUGUAAGGGCGAAGAGAAGGGUAUUAUACUUCUACGGCUUUCUCAGAGGGAAGCAAGAGUGGGCCCACGUGAGACUAUCCAGUUUGGCGAGUGGUGCUGGAGCAGUCUCUAGCGACUCUCUUUCUGUUGUAAGGGCGAAGAGAAGGGUAUUAUACUUCUACGGCUUUCUCAGAGGGAAGCGUUAGUACUCGAAAAUAUUCAUCCCUACCCGCUGGUGAUAGGACUUGGGUGUUCCCUGUGGCUCGGGACAGCUCCGGACCGGAUACCCUUUCUGUACACGUCAAACACCAAGAAACCUUGUUUACACGCGUUUAAUUGUUUUUUGUCAUACCAAUAAUUAUAUGAGAGAGAACUUCAACAUCCAAAAAUUUGAUUUUGAUUUAUAUUCUCCCAAAUGGAUCAGUUCCUGGUCCGACCUUCUAUCUUCUAUGUCAUAUAUAAUGACCCCCCUCCAACCCCCUCUGGCGACUUAGUACAAAACCUCAAUGUCGGGGACCGAUUACUUGACAAUGUUCAAUUUCCUGCAUAUGCAGGCGAAACGCUUUUUAUACUGUUUUCCUUUCUAGAAUACACGAUUCUAUCCGUUUGAAUCAUCUAAUGAUGUUUGUAGGACACUGAUGAAAGGAUAGCAAUCACCUCCACAUUAUCAAACUGAAUCUAAACAAAAGAAAGCCCAAAAUAGGACCUAACCAUUGACCUAAAAAAUGAAGUUUUAUCGAUGUUGGUGAUGGUAAAAUUACAAAAAACCGGUUUAAACUCUUUGACACGCGCUAUAGUGAAAGAGAGAUAAAUAAUAUGAACCCAACAUACUUAGAUAGAAGUGAAUGUCCAUCUCUUACCAAAUAAUUUCUCUGUCUUAUCUCAUUUCCAGGUUUUUCUUCGAGCUGAGAUGCAUAUAUUGAUUUUCCUGGCAGUUGUGUUGUUUGCUCCUCCUUGUGCUGUUCAAGGUAAAAUGAUAUAA